ACGACGACGACGACGACGAUCGCGUGCGCAUUUUGGGGAUGUGUAUCAGAAAAGUGCUCCGAUUGACCGGUUAAAAUGUGGAUCGCACGAUCGCGAUUGCGAAUGAGGAACGAUUGAUGACGUGAUUCACUACGGUAAUGAUUCACCCCUGGGGAUUCUCGACGCAUCCUACUUGGGCGAACGUUUGUUCUCUGACGAUCAACAAUGAUCUACGGAUCGAAGUGACUGAUUGUGGCGCGAUGAUGGAAUGAAAGUGCGCGCGGGGGCGCGUUCAACCCGGGACCAGUUUUUUCGCGACAAGCAGUGGCUAAACAGUGUCGCAUACUCGACGAACAGCGAUCUGUUGUGAGAUACCAGCUACGACGGAUUCCUGGACCGGAAGUGACACCUGCACUGCGUGUGUGUCAUCGUCAUUGCGGUAAACGGCGCGUAAAAGUGCGCGUGGAACGGCUUAUGACACGACGAACGACACGUUCCUCAGAUCUAUGUAAAUUGAAGAGGAUCGCAGUGCGAUUCCCUAGUGAUCUGGAUACGUGUCUGGGGUACACGGUGCAGAAACGCUGUCUUACCCUUCAAGAAAUUCGCCGUGUCCGAAAAGUGCAGUUCCGAAACCCUGUUUCGAGAGCGUUGUAUGUCUGAGAAAAGGAGAGAGAACGACGAGUAUUUUAUGAUCAUCAUGAGGACACUCUGGAUCGUGGUGGUCAUUCUACUCGAAAUACACUUGUACUUCACAGUGAGCCAGGCGAAGCAUCAGCAGAACUCAAGUGCCAAUAAUGCAAUCGCCCCAUUGAAUAACCCGGAGGGUAAAAAUGAAGGUAUUGAAGGACCAAUUGGAGAGGUGCUUGCUCAAAGUGGUGGCACGGCAAUUUUGCCGUGCAAAAUUACUGAUCCUGGAGCUGGAACGGUUACGUGGGUGAGGAGAAGGGACAGACUAUUAUUAACAGUUGGUACCAGUACGCAUUCCAUUGACACAAGAUUUCAAGUCAAUCUCGUUAGAAACGAUUGGCAACUUCGCAUACGCCCUGUGAUGAUGGACGAUGCCGGUAUCUAUGAAUGUCAGGUGACGUCGCAUCCGGUACAGCAAAACUUCGCUCGUCUCAAGAUUACAGAGGCGUACUCGAUAAUACCAGGUGCGCCUGAUCUGCACGUGAAGCAAGGCUCGAGCCUCCGUUUGGAAUGCCAACUUAUGGCAGCCACGGAAAAUCCCUUGUACGUCUUCUGGUAUCGUCAGGGCCGUAUGAUAAAUUAUGACGAGGAGCCCGGUGUUGACGUCAGACUCACCGAGAACGGCUCUAUUCUGACGGUAAACAAAACGAAGCUUACGCAUGACGGUAACUAUACGUGCGCACCUAGCAACGCCAAGUCGGCGUCCAUUAUGGUCCAUGUGAUCGAAGAGGAGGAGAAGCCAGCGGCGAUGCACGGGGGUGACAGAAGGAACCUCAGCCCGGCAAUUUUGGCGAGCAACUUUCUCGUGUCCCUCCUGGCGGCCGUCAGCUGGAGGAUACCGAGUUUCACGAGCCUUUACCCGACGUGAAUUACCGCCGCCCUGGCGGCGUUCUUCAGCCCGUCCGUUCCUCCGUGACCUGACGACGGGCCCAGCGAGAAAACGAGUUCUCGAAGUCGUUGUCCUGCUGCCUGGGAUUGGCACGAGCCUCGCUUAUUUUCGAUCCAAGAAGAAACUCCGAUAGCGGGGUUGAUUGUGCAUGUGAUACCGCAAACUUACGACGAUAUCUCGGCUUUCGUGUGUCCUUGUUGCGUAUACUAGAUAGACUGUGUUCCGGGUUGACAGUUGUGGUACGUGUGCUCGGUGUGCUCGGUGAUGUCCUACAGCUCAAAGAUUGAGAAUCGUCGGUGAGUGCGUUUCUUCCGGUACAGUGCAGAUCUGUGAAUCCUUCACUCUUCAAAGUUUGCGUUUUACUUUCUACCUUCUUGGCCCGUUUUUGCGCAAGUGCCGCGUAAACGUACUUGGCCGGACGACUGUAUUCCACUUUGGAAUUGAGCAAUUUAUUGUAGGAUACGUUUUAUUCUUAAACUCUCGCAUAAUCUUUGCGUUUCGUUGCGCGCGAAGUUACAGUCCACAAGCCCUCCUUUUCAAUCCAACUCUCUUGACAAAGACGAGGAAUGAAAUUUCAAUGUGUAAAUACGAGCGCAAUUUCUCUUGUUGUACUAAGAGAUCUUUUUGUGAUGAAAAAUCGUACAAAAUAAUGAUAUUUAAAAAAAAAAUACUCAAAAGUGUGAAAAAUUAAUCUUUUGGCUAAUUAUAAGUACUUAUCUAUUCUGAAAAUAAUAGCAAAUUAUAUCUCAUUUUAUGAUAUCCAGUCAUGUUAAAUUCCAUGUAAUAUUUCUUUUAUUCUAAUUAUUUUUUUUUAAUAUUCUUUUAUUGUUUAAGCUACAAUUAUAAUUUUUGCUCUCGCGACAAAAUUAUGUAUCGGAUGUAACCGCGUGAAUCGCAAUGAGACCAGAGAAUUAUGGAACUAUGGUACUAAGGUAUGUUGUAAGGUGUAUGAUAUUGAUGAAUGAGUCGCGUAAGCGGAAAGGGAGUUCCGAAUUGUUUGAACAGGAAGUUCGGUUUCUCUCAGAAAAUUCGUUUCCCGAUGGGAACCCUUCCACUCGAUAUGCGGCUCGUUGAUAUCUUUCAGUGUGCGCGAUCGGCGAGUCGUUUUCUUCGUACAUGCAUUCUACAUAUAUAUAUAUCUAUACGCGUAUAUAUUCGUUAUGUACAGACAAAUGUACACGGCGAGAGCUCGAUUUAUCGUUCUUCCAAUUAAUCGUAGCAUUAUUCACAUUUUCGAACUCCAAAGUGAUUUGUAUUGCUUAUCGUUUACCGAAUUCAUUUCAUCGCAUGUUUUCGUUCGAAAUAUUUCCCCCUCGAUAACGUUUGAUCGAGCUUUCACCGUACAUACGAUACGUUAUUGCAUAACGUAGAGGUUGCUGCGAAAAUUCUGUUUGUUAUGACCAGUAUUCGCGGCAUGGCCAUAAUAAUGACAAAUCACGUUCUCCGAUUGAAUCACUGUAGUCCGCCUGUAUGCUAACCAUACAACCUUUUUACGAAGUAAAAUUUGACAAACAAUAAAUCCAUCUGAAACGCAUAAUACGCAGGUAAGCUCAGAUUUGAAUAAAAAAAAAAAAAA